UUUCCAUUAACGCCAGAAUCCGAGAAAGCAUAACCAGGGAAAAACAAAUAGAGGAGUGCUGAAAGAUAACGAGAUAAGAAAAUGGUUGGCCUAAGCGUUGUUUUGGAGACGAACAAGAGUCUGACGAGAGAUUCCGGCGGAGUCAUCAGCCCUAAACCACCGCAAGUCCUCAAUAAAACCGCCGUCAUUAUCCCUGCGGCCUCCUCCUCUUCCGUCGAAGGGUUCCGCCAUGGGAGUUCAAACCAAGAUCAAGAUCCUGGGUUUCUCGAAUACUGCUCUCUCUGCAAAAAGAAACUUCUCUCCGGGAAAGAUAUCUACAUGUAUAAAGGAGGUACGUUUUGCACCGAGGAGUGCAGGUCGAGGCAGAUUUUAAUGGACGACGAGGAGAGUUUAAGAGGAAAGAACUGUCCCCUGAUCGCCAUCAAAACGACGCCGUCUGAUUCGUCGUCGUCUUCCAGUUAUUUUCCGGCGUCCGGCGGUUAUUCCCGGCGCCGGCGUUGACCAAGAAACCGAGCAGGCGGUUUCGCGUACUGAGAAGGACAGCAUCGCGAACUAAUUUUUUCUCACUUUAAAUCUGAUUUGACCUUCUUACCCUUGGGCUUAUUUUUUGUCGUUUUGCUUUUAACAUGUAAAGCCAAAAGGGUGUUUUGGACA